UUGGUGGAAGCAACGGCGCGUAUCGCCACGACACGUGGCCGAUUCCAAGAAAUCCGCCGCGCAUCCACUAUGCAACGAGUUUAGCGAAUUUCCGGCGCAUAACCAGUCAACGUCCGCGCGCCCUCCGUUUCCUCCCACCUUUCGGUUAAUCUACCGCCGCCGACAUCGCCGCCUCCACCACCACCACCACCACCACCACCAUCAUCAUCUCCGUCCCUGCGAUAUUGCGGACGUUGUUCGCCAAGCGUCUGCGCGGAUCGCCAGCUGCUCACCACGCGAAUUUAAAAGCGGGCAGUGCGCGGUGAACGCUGCGAGUUUCACCACAGUCGACCUCCUCCGGUCAUCCGCGGACGUCGCUCCACCGGUUGCAGUGCGAGUUCUCGAACCCGUUGCGUUGUUGCCCUUAAUAUCGUACAAGUGUUGUGUGAGAAUCCGCCUCGUGUGUGAAUUCACCUCGAGAAUUACACCAUAGGACGUGAUGGGGAAGAAGGAGGAGGAGGAGGAGGAGGAAGAGGAAGAGGAGGAGAAGGAGGAGAAGGCCACCAGCAUAAUUAGAGGCUACCAGCAUCCAACAGAUGAGUAUCCAUUUGACAGAUCGAGGAGGAUCUUGUUGUUGCAUGAUAAUCGGGCGGAGUGUGUUUUUUUUUUUUUUUUUUUUUAAGAAAAGAAAAGAAACGCACGGCGUUUAGAGGGAUGCAGCUGGUCAGAGGCCGUAUCAGAGUUUACACAUGGAACGGAACCGAGGCCGCUGAAAUCCGGGGAAAAUCUGCCGCUACUCGCAUCGAUAAGUAGAGAGAUUCGAACUGAAGGGAUGAGAGAAAGAGAGAGAGAGAGAGAGAGAAAAUCCGGCCGUAAUACAGAGACUUUUAGCACGAAGCCGAGAGAAUCUCCGUCCGUCUUUAGAAUAAAUGAUCCUCGACGUCGAACAGCACCGCACACGCUUCGUUUCCCGUUUUCAUCUUUCCUCGAGGAAGAAGCAUCGAUCAAGGCUCGUAAAAAUGGACGACUUUUGGCACGGAAGCCCCUCGAUGCAUCCUUUCCCUUCCACCUCCCCCCUCCCCCUUUUUCGUUUGCGUUUUUUGCGUUCGUCCGUUUCUCUUCUCUCUUCUUCUUUAACACGCUUCAUCUUCUUGACCCCUCUCUCUCCGUUCUUCGUUUCUCUCCGUUUCUUCGUACGCUCUUCUUCUUCUUCUUCUUCUUCUUCUGUUGUGUUCUUUGUUCCUUUCUUUCUUUUUUCUUAUUCUUUUUUUUUUGUCUGUCCGUUGAAGGAAGAUUGGAUUUUCUAGAUUUUUAAGGAUUCCAAGUUUACGUAUUUUGAUAUUGCUUACGUGAGUGAUUAAGAAUUUUAUUGUAAUGUUUCUCCGAGAAUUUAAGGUUUCCACGAUACGGUAUUUCCUACGUGUAUUUCGUGCAUUGCUUUUGGAUUUUCGGAUCGGCAAGAGGUAUGGCUCGUGGUGUUUCGUGAAGUAAUGCAAUGUUGCGGAUGGCUUCUUAAAGGAGGAUAAGUGGAUAUUAGAUAAUGAGCGUUCUCGUUUUUUUUUUUUUUUUUCUUUGAAUAAACGUUUAAGUGUAAUUUUAAAGUAUAUCUUAUUAAAGGAAGGAUUAGUCGAGAUUAUUCAAGAUUCGAAAAAGGAGAAGGAAAUAGGAAGAGUUUUUAUCAUAUUAUAUUUUUAUUAUUAUCAGAAUAAUUUUGUUUGCCAAUUGUAAUUUUGUUUAUUUGUAAAAUUUCGUGUCAAGAGUCGAGAAUCGUUUGACCAAUUAUAUUGCGAUACGAUCAAAAUAAUUCAAAAAUAUAUUAAUUUUAUUGGAAUUCUCUUUGAUCUUUAAGAAUUCUUUCGUAUAUUUGGUAUGAAUAUAUACUUGGAUUAUAGCAAUGAUCUUGCAAAAAGAGCGUAAGGCAUUUGGUUUACUGAUUUAUUGGUUGAAAAAAUGGAAUAACGAUAAUUUUGUUAUCUUUUAUUCUUUUUGUGAAAAUAUAUCAUUACAGAAUGAAAUAUCUUUCGAGAGUUUUACGUUUGGCUCGAAACAUGAUUGACACGAAGCACUUUACAUUAAUGGUAAUGAACUCAACUCUACUACACCAUUGAUCAUUACUUCUUACGAACUGUAAGUGGCAAGUAAGUUCCUUUCACUUGUUUCGAAAUGGAUUAAACGUGUAUCGAAACUGCUACUAAAUUAAUAAUUUGAUUAAUUAUAAGUAAAACUUUAACGCGUUUCAUUAACUGUUUGUUGAAUUCAAAUAACAAUUUGAUUAAUCAAACGUGAAUAAUUAACUGUGGAUACAUGCAACCAACGUAUUUCACAAAGUUGUUUACAUUCCGCUGAACACGUAUGCUGAAAAUGAUUAAUUCAUUAAUUUUGCAAUGCCUUUCUAUUACCAUAUAUUCGUAUUUAAAGAUCGUAUUUAAUUUUUGCCUGUUUCAUAAUAAAAAAAAUUCACAGAUUAUUCGACGAUAUAUUCUUCGUACAAUUGAUCGCACGCCUUUCAUUUUCCCCAAAUUUAACGCGAAUAAUUCGCUCAUCGAUGAAUUGCGGAAAGAGAAUCCUUAGGGAAGACGUACACGACGAGAAUAAUAUAUUGGAAAAAUUCGCGGUGAACACGACUUACAUUCGAAGAAUCUUAAGCAAUAGAAAAUGCACGAUCACUUCCUUUCUUACAUUUCCGUUUUUUUCCUUUUCUUUCUUGUUUUUUCUUUCUUUGUUAUUCCCUUUAUCUAGAUCCAUUCGUCUUUUCCUCGAACGAAAAGGAAAAAGAAAAAAAAAGAAACUACUAUUAAGGAGCACCAUUCUUCGCGUUCCACGCAUCUCCACCGACUAUAUAGCUCUAUCGGCUUUUCAUCGCGCAAAAAUGAAACAAAAAGACGAAAUUUACUCUCGACCAGAGCAAGAAGACGACGCGUCAUUCUCCUUUUUCGUUCGCGCAGGAUGCAUCGGUUCUGCUCCGGAACUCACCGCCAUAACGCCGACGAGACUUUGGCCAAAGCGAAUGAUUGGACGAGAGUAUAGCUAGAAAAAGUUAUUGUAUCGUGACCAAAGGAAAAAGAAAGGAGAUAAGUUAUAAAGUUGAAAAACAACUCUAGAGCGGGAUAUUUGUAAUAACAUUUUACAACUUUUGACGAGACGUCGAUGGAUAGCUGUCCCUUGGCGGCGAUCACCGAGACGAGGGGGAACGAUUUGUCAAAGGAUGGGAACGAAGUGGAGGUGACAUCGUUAGAGGAAGCGAAAUCGGUGAUAGCGGCACUUCGGGCGAGGCAAAGGGCACAGGCGCAUCAAAUGCUCGCCUGGCGAAGGACAUUAAAGUUGCAGGAGGAUCUCGUGGCUCGAUUGACAAGGGAGAAGGCGGAACAGCUACGGACAUUGUCCUCGCAGUUACUGCUCUUCGAGUCGAGGCUUUGUCGGAAGCAGAAGGAGAUCGAGGCUAGUCUGGCGCAAAGGGAGUCCAUUAUUCUCAGACAACAGAGGGUGAUUCGUCAACUGCAGAGCAGAUUGGCGGAAAGAAGCACCGGUACAAGGGAUUCGCCACCUUGCGACGCCCUCGAUAGAUUGGAUAGCCUUGGAGAUAGUGACAGUGCUGUCGUUCUCGAGGAGGCGGCGGAUGACCUAGCACCGCCAAGGUUCCGCUCGAACAUCACCGACGUUACGGUGAUUCGAUCGGUCUCAGACGCUGUCGAGCCAUCGAGCAAAUACUCGUCGAUGCGACGAUGCAACGGGUUCCUUAGGAGACCGGAAAUUUUAGAGACCGUUUACUCGGUUGAAGAAGAUGGCGACAGCGAGAACAAUCAGGACCCGUCCGAGUCAACCGAAAAUUCCGAGUGCGAGGAGAGACGGGCAAAAAAUUUGGGAAACGGGAAGGGCAGACUUCAGGAUUUGUAUGGCAGUUUUGAGAGACUUGCUCAAGAGGCGGAUUCUCCGCCGAGCGAAAGGCCGAGGGACGAAAGUCAGCAGGCGCAGGUCACGUACAACAGGGUAAUGAGCAAUCACAGAUCAGUCACAAAGCCAAAAGACGUAAAGUACAAGAGGAUAAACAAGGCGAAAUCGAAAAGCUUGGAAGAAUUGAGGGGACGGUUGAGAAAUUGGGUGGAAAAAGGGAACAAAAUCGCUAUAUCGCUGGAUCAAUCUUACGCCUGAAUCUUUUAACUCCCUUUGAAAGUAUAUUUUAAAAAAAUUUUUUAAAAACGGCGAUCCAAUUGGUCGAUUACGUUCUUCACUGUCAUUCGUGCGCAAAUGAAACAACCAAUCAAUCGCCGUUCUAUAUUUACAUUGAAAUUCUCAUCGCUCCAUGUGAUAUUUACUGUAGUGUUUCGAAAAUUAAAUUAGAAAUCUUAACGCUGUUGCGCGUCGACAAUUUUAACACUUGUGAUAUAUAUAUAAAUGAUUUUAUGAUAAUGAAACACAAAGUUAUCUAGUUGAUAAUUAUCAUCGCGAUUAUGAAAUGAUAAGAAGAUUCGCAGAAUGGAGAAGGAAAUGGGACAAGAUAAUCGAGAAUAUUUGCUAUUUCGUACGUAAAUUUGAGAAAAAUCUUGCCGAGAUUGCUCUCUCUUUCUUUCUCUUUUCUCUCUCUUUCUCUUUCUCUCUCUCUCUUCUUCGUGUCUUCCCUUUCGCAUAAAUUUUAAAUUAUAUUUUCACGAACUCGCGUUGCCAAAUUGUAUGGCGUACAAUAUCCAAUCUUUAUACGGUUGAAUCUCGGUAAUUCGAAUUUCAACAUGGAGGUAAAAUCUUUCAAUUGUAAAGAUUUUAUUUUAUCCAAGUUUUCGAGUAAAAAAACAUUCGACAAAUAAAGAUUGGACAAAAAACAAAACAGUAUCGAAUGAUCGAUUAUUGAAAAGUUGUGACAACGCAAUCACGAGUUGUAGAGAGAAAUUUAAUAAUAAAAGUUUCGCUUUUACAAAUAAAUUUCUACUUGCAGGGGCUGCACUUUUCUGAAUUCGAGUUAUACAGAGAUAAAAUAAUCAUAACCUUCAAUUCAUAUGAAAUUUAUAUUUCUACUUACAAAAGACUUUCACAGACUAGUUUCACAGAGGAGAGAAUGAAAUUAUAGUCUCAUGGAUAUCUUUGAGCCGUAGAGAUUCGAAUUAUCAAGGUUCGAUUGUACGAUAAAAUACAAGAUUUUUUUCCACAACACCGUAAUUUACGAAUUAUUCUUCCGACAAGAAACGUCGAUAAAUGUGCAUCUGUAUAACCGAGUGAACUUUCUCAUUGUACUAUUUUUUCUUCCCGAUAAGAGGUCGCGACACGCAUUCGCCAAUCCACGUCGAUGACACAGAUUUCUAUCUUUAAAUAGAUCCCUUUCGUCAAUUACGACCAUUGUGCUAUCGAUUAUCGACCGAUGUAAUGUUUAAUCGAAAUCGAGAAAAUGUCGGACGUUCUUUCAAAGGGAAGACCUUGUGUGCGUGCAUAUUUUAUCGAAUUGGCCUCAGCUCAAUUUUUUACACGUUCUAUAAAAAUUGAUUAAGUAUCAUUCUUCGUACUAUCGCUCUUUUAUAAUACAAUAUUGCUUGUCUUGUCAUUAUUCCCUAUUUAUAUAUAUACACACAUCGCUUAUACGCAGAAACGAUAAACAGAAAACAUCACACAAUGCUUUCGAUGCAUCAAAUGCAAAACGAUAUUCUCGAACAUCUUACGACAGACGAUAUUUGUUAUGAUGUUCAACGAACAUUCUAUCACUUUAUUCAGUAUCGAUGAAUGUGCCACUCUAACCUAUUUUUUCUAUUAAGAUUUUGUUGCGCGAAUUCGCUCGCUGAUUCUAUCACCAGGUUAAUUAGAAUAAUCGAUAUUUUAUAUCAUAAUGAAGAUAACAGAGACGAUAUCAUAACAGAGAUGUUGUAAUUCGAGUUAGAAAAUUGUUACUGAAAAGUGCUGAACGCGUGAAAGAAUCAUGGUACUCAAAGAUAUAUCGAUCAAUAUUUUUAACUCGAUGACUAUGUUAUUCUAUUACUGCAAUUGUUUUGAUUAGCCUGGUGCAUGGAUUUCUUUAGAUAAUCUUAAAGAUUAUCUAAUCUAAUCGACAGAAGAUAAUCAAUAUCUAUAUAAAUAUGUAUACGUGAUGCAUUUGCAAAGGUCUAAUGCAGCACGGGUUAUUUUUCGAGAUUUACGAAUAAUCUUUUCAGCUAUUAGAAAUAUAUUCGUGAAACGAGUUAUUCCGUAGCAUAAUAUUUUUCGAUCGUUCUUUAUACUGUGAACCAGCGACAAACUCGACACUUUAUUUAUUUAUCGAUCAUGUAUGCGGCGGUCGUCUAACCUUUCUAUACCUUAUUCUAUCGAAGUAAGAGAAACUAUUCUUGCGGGUACCUGUGUAAUAUUAAAAAAAAAAAAAAAAAAAAAAAAAAAAAAAAAAAAAAAAAAAAAAAAAAAAAAUACAUAAAAAACGUUUUCUAUUUUCGCGUUCUGUUCGAGAUCAAUUUAUAUAUAUUAUAUCUGACGUUCUCGAAUGGAAGGAAUAAAGAAUAUAAGAAAACUAUCGACAAUCCCUAAUUUUGAGAAAAAAAAAGAAAAUAUAUUCUAUUAGAAAAGAAUAUACAGAGACAGUUCUUUUGUAAAUAAAAUGAGAUAAAAUAUAUAUAUUAUAUUAUCAUAUGUAAUAUCUUAACGUUAAGUUAAGGCUCUUCGAAAUUCUGCAAGAUUUAUUAUGUAGAUAGCCAUGUUAACAAGAAUAAUAAAUUUUAACGAUAGAGAAUCAAGUUUUAUGUUCCUGCAAGCUGCAUAACAGCUACCGCGAGAUCUCGUGCAUAAUAUAUUUGCGCGCUUAUAAAUAUAUAUACCAUAUAAAUAUAUAAAUAUAUAAAAAUAUACUUAAGUCUAUUACUAAUAAAGAAAUCAGAAUGAGAAAUCAGAAUGAUGUUAACAGAUUGGCGUUAAAUUUAUUGGUCAUAUUGGUUAACAAAUGUUCCAAUAUACAUGUAAACAAUUAUGGACACAAAAUGAUUAGAAAUGGUAUAUAAAGAAAAUUGACUGUCAUCUUAAUUUAUGUAAACGAUGUAACGUAUAUACCAUCGCUUUUUUAGAAAAUUAGUGAAUUGCUACCAAUAUUAAUAAUUAUCGUAUUAUUUUAAUUAAUUAUUAAAUCUUAAAUAAAUUAUAAUGUCAA